GUAAUUCAAAGCAGCGCAUAGUCGGCGUGCUCUCAGAACCACAAUGGCUUCACAACACACAGAAAACAAUACCUACCAUCCUCGAGAUGCCAUCGAUGUCGCCCUGAAGAGCACUGCUCUUACGGGAGGGUUCGGUCUAGUCGCUUCAGCUGUUCAAAACACCUUGGCAAAGCAGAAUGUCGGAUCCUUAGGUAUCUUUCUUAGGAGUGGUAGCACAAUUGCUAUCUUCGCGGCCAUGGGAGGCACAUAUUCAUUCGUGCGAACGGCAUCGGCCAACCUGCGAGAGAAGGACGAUACAUGGAAUACUGCCUUGGGUGGAUUCUUUGCGGGCUCAAUUCUUGGUCUUCGAGUACGAUCCUUCCCGUCAGUAUUCGGAUACGGUACCGGAUUGGCGGCGACCUUGGCUACUUUCGAAUAUACCGGAGGCUCGCUUUUCGGAAAACCAAAAGACCACAACUUAGACAAAUAUGAGGAAUUAGAGAGGUUACGGAAGAACUACCGGACUCCGGCAGAGCAAACAUUCACAGAGCUGGGUGAAGGACGAGGUAUUUAUGCUCCUGGAUAUGCCGAGCGUCGGCGCGAGAGAAUCAAGGAAGCAUAUGGCAUUGAUGUUCCGGUAACACCACCUCCAGCAUCUUGAGCAAGAGGUUGAAAACCAAUGUAGAUUAUUUCUGCCUCGCUCAUGCUCGUCGAGGUUUUCAUUCAGCCUUUCUUCAACUAGAUUCUCAAGCGUCAUCUUUGAAGACACAGUACGCCCACAUUGUGCUGCUUCCGUACCAGUUCUUUUUCUAUUUUCCAUUUUGUCUUCUAUUGAUCCGCAUUGUAUAUCUGCGCCUGAGGAUACCGCUGGGAGAUAGCUGUAGUAGUAGCCAAUGGAAGCAACCUUUUGAUCCAUGUAUUUUCUUAUGGAACUACACAAAAUGC